UUGUGAAAGAUUAUGCAUGCAUUUAAUACGGUAAGGGAAAAUCCCCUUUAAAUAGGUCAAAUGACUUGGACUGCGUUUACUCCAACUCUUAACGAACAGAUCCGAUUUUGACAUUAUCUAGUGUUUCUUUGGCCUGCUUGUUUACAUUAACUUUAGACGUGACUGGUAUCAGAUAUCUAUGUUUGCAUUAAUUCAGUGAUAACUUUAUUAUGCACAUGAUAGACCCUCGGAUGUUAAACGGCUGUGCUAUUAAAAUAAUUUAUAUAACUCGCGUUGAGUGGCUGUUACUAUUUCCCAUUUUUGACAACAGCUGUUAUGGAUGUUUUGCAGCACAAAAUCUGACUGAAAGCAUGGUUUUGUUUAUCUACAGCUCGCGGUAUGCACUAGUGAGUAGCCUAUAGUGAAACUUGUUGGUUCAAUUACAAAAAUGACAACAUUAUCACCUCGUGAAGGUGGCAAGGCUACGUUGAAAACCAGCUCCUGAAUGUUGCAUUCUUUAUGGGCAAAAGUGCGACUUCUUUUUUGACACUUCACAUUUUCUUGUGAACACAGAGGACGUGUGUUAAGCCUUAAGACUCAAGUCUCAUGUCAGCAUGAAUCAGCUUUAUAUUUUUUUAUUGGUCCUUUGGUCUGCUGUCAGUUCGUCUGAUGCGUGGGAAGAAUAUGAAAAUACAAAAGAUAUCCCAGAGCCCAUCAUCACAGUGUACAGACAGCAGGAGGACGGGGAGGUUGUGUUUGUGCUGUGCAAGUUCACCUCAGUGCCUGGAAGGAGAUACAGAAGACAGUCUUUUAAGCUGUCUGUGGAGAGUGAACUAAACUACACCAUGGAAACAUUCAGCAACCCUUCUUUAGAUUCUUCAGAGAUGCGUGCGUAUAUGGUCACCGUGAGUCCACCUGCUUCCUUCACCUGUGUGCAUGAGGUCGAUUUUUAUGUAGAUGUCAGGAACGUGAGCAGCCAGGCCUACAAUUACAGUGUUUCAGGAGUAUCUUCGUUAUACGCCUGCUUUUCCUCCUUCAUUGCUGUUGCUCUCUUCAUCAUGACUGCAGCAGUGAUUGUGACCAACAUCAGGAGCAAAACUAAAGACACCGACUCCACAGCAGUUACCGACAAUGACCACGUAGAAGCUGGUGAUGGUGGUGGUAAUGAUGAUGGUGGUGGUGAUGAUUAUGGUUGCGGUGAUGAUGUGGUGGUGAUGGUGGCAAUGAUGAUGGUGAUGGUGAUGGUGAUGGUGGCGGUGAUGAUGUUGAUGGUGGCGGUGAUGAUGUUGAUGGUGGUGAUGGCGGUGAUGAUGAUGUUGGUGGUGGUGAUGAUGGUUGCGAUGAUGGUUAUGAUGGUGGCGAUGAUGGUGAUGAUGGUGGCGGUGAUGAUGAUGUUGGCGGUGGUGAAGAUGAUGAUGAUGAUCGGAGUGGUGUUGGUGGUGAUGAUGAUGGUUGCGGUGAUGAUGAUGAUAGCGGAGUGGUGUUGGCGGUGA